CCCAGGAACUCUAUGAAUCCCGUGACUAGAACGCAUCAUUAGUUACGAAGAGAUGGCAGCUGGUUAUUUCCCGACCAAGGGGCAAUCGCCGGUAGAUAGCCGCGUUGCUUCUCCCGCCCUGUCCAGUACUGGCCAGGCGCCCAUACGUUCUAAUGCGCUGUCGUCGAAGGUCAACAGUGUCCUCUCGGCAUCAUAUGCAGACCUUGAGAUCAGAGAUGCCUUGCAAUUACUUGAUGAAAGAGGAGUUGAGAAUACAGUGGAGACAAGACGUCAGCUGAGACUCGAUAUUCAGAAGGAUGUCAUUGACAGCAAUGGGCUGGUGAUCAAGGAGUUCGGCCAUGUCGCAGAGCAACUCAGACGCAUCGGGCAGAGUAUUGCAAAUCUGAAUCAGGGAUGUGAAGAGAUGCGGAGGCACAUUACGGCCGCUCACCAGGAAACCGCGCCAGUGUUGGAUGAGGCGUCUGAUCUGAUGGCGCGCAAGAAGGAUGUUGAAAUGAAGCAGAAAUUGCUUCAAGCUUUCAGCGCCCAUUUUGUCAUGUCCGACGAUGACAUUGCGACUCUCACCUCUACCGCGGAACCAGUUAAUGACGAGUUCUUCAUCGUUCUUAACCGCGCUAAACAGAUCCAAGUGGACUGUGAGAUCCUCUUGAGCUCUGAGAACCAGAGGCUUGGCCUGGAGAUUAUGGAGCAAAUCACGACAAACCUCAAUGGCGCAUUUCAGAAGUUGUAUAGGUGGAUCCAACGCGAGUUUAAGUCACUUAAUCUGGAGAACCCCCAAAUCAACGCCUCCAUACGAAGGGCGCUGAGAGUAUUGGCAGAAAGGCCAACACUGUUCCAGAACUGUCUUGAUUUCUUCGCCGAAGCGAGGGAGCAUAUUCUGUCAGAUUCGUUUUAUACGGCAUUGACUGGUUUAUCGGUAACCGGAGAUGAAGAUAAGACAGUGAAACCUUUAGAGCUUGUGGCACAUGACCCCCUGCGCUAUGUUGGUGAUAUGCUGGCGUGGACCCAUUCUGCUACUGUCAGUGAAAGAGAAGCACUUGAGGUGUUAUUUAUCUCCGACGGCAAUGAGAUUGCCAAAGGCAUUCAAGCUGGUAGAGAUAGUGAACCGUGGAAUAAAUAUACUCGGGACGAAGAAGCAGACACUGUUUUCGAUGGCCACAAGGCCCUGAAUGAUCUCGUUGACCGAGAUGUCGCUGGCGUAGCGCGCGUGCUGAAACAACGCAUUGAGCAAGUUAUACAGAGCCACGACGAAACAAUCCUAGUUUACAAGAUCUCGAAUCUGGUUAACUUCUAUCGGGUCAUGUUUACAAAAAUCCUGGGCGAAGAUUCUGCGUUGCUAAGCACACUUCAAGGACUAGAGGACUUUGGCUUACGCCAGUUCCGCGUACUGAUGCGAGACCAUAUUGCCAGCUUGCAGACUGAAACGCAGCAGGCACCUGCAGACUUGGGCCUGCCGAUUUUCUUGCAAGAAGGGCUCAAACAGCUCACUGAGAUUAUGAAAACCUACGACACAUCAUUUACCAGCGCGAAGAGCCGAGAAGAAAACUUCAAAACAGUUCUCGAGGAUGCCUUUGAACCAUACAUCAGGGGUAUAGAGACCAUGGCAAAAGAUAUGGAGAUGCCAUCAAAUUCGAUAUUCAUCAUCAACUGCCUCCUAUCUUGCAAGACGGCGCUAGAAUCGUACCAAUUCACAGCCGACCGCGCCGAGGAGCUCGGAAAGACAGUAGAGCAGCACUCAAUUGACCUUAUUGAGUAUCAAUAUGCCUUUUUCUUGCAGAGCUCUGGACUACAGCGUCUCGUCGACACGUUGCAAUCCAUGGGCAAUGAGCCAGACCUGAAAAAACUCGUAUCCACCGAGGCUUUCCAGCCACAAGCUCUUAAGGAUGCCAGCCAGAUACUAGACGACUUCUUGCCAUCCGCUCUCAUGGACGCGUUGGAUAAUUUGAGGAAGCUUCAAAGUUCAAGGUUAGCACGGGAAAUCACUGAAGAGGCGGCCGAUAGGUUCUGCGAGGACUUUGAGGUGGUGGAGGAGAGGAUUACCCAGGCCGAUGGUGUUGCGGAGAGGUCAGAGGAUGAGGAAGAGGAGGACGAAGAGAUACUUGGACUCCGAGCUUUGUUCCCACGAACUAGCGGGGAGAUUCGAGUUCUACUGACGUAGAGAGGGAGCAGAUAUAUCUUGGGAUAUUGGCAACUUAACUUCGGGAAUCCGCAUAAUACUGUGGCCCAAAUAUAGACGAUGAGACAUGC